GAUCGAUUCAAGCUUGAUGCAACAGCCCUGAACAAAACACCAGAAGAGGUGUUCGAUGUUGUUGGCAAACUUGGCGAAGGAUCCUAUGGAUCGGUGCACAAAGCAAUCCACAAGGAAACGGGCCAUGUUCUAGCAGUGAAGAGAGUGCCGGUGGAUACAGAUUUGCAGGAGAUAAUCAAAGAAAUUAGCAUAAUGCAACAAUGCGAUAGCAAAUAUGUUGUCAAAUAUUAUGGCUCAUACUUCAAAAACUCCGAUCUUUGGAUUGUUAUGGAAUAUUGCGGUGCCGGAUCCGUGUCCGAUAUUAUGAGGAUUCGUAAGAAAACAUUAAAUGAAUCUGAGAUUGCUGCAGUCACUAGGGACGUCCUAAAAGGUCUGCGUUAUUUGCACGAUUUAAAAAAGAUUCAUCGUGAUAUAAAAGCUGGCAAUAUAUUGUUGAAUAUGGAAGGUCAUGCGAAACUGGCAGAUUUUGGUGUUGCUGGUCAAUUAACAGUAAGAUUUUUACGUUUUUUUCCCCUUUUUUCAUUACUCAAACGCUUGUUUUCAACACGGUAA